AUGAUGCCUGGAUUAUAUCCAAUAACUUUACUUAAAAUGAUGAUGAUAAUGUUGGCAACCAUCUUGAUUAUACUGUUCAAACUUACAAAUGUAAAUACUUUCCCCAUUCAACAAGAAACAAUCAAUUUGUCUACUGAUAUAAUAUCCAGUUCCAACGGUAAGCAAUUGAAUGAUAACUUAGAUGAUGAAAUGACCUCUACUAAUGUAAUUCAUAAUGAUAAUGAUUAUGACAAUAAUAGCGAAUCAGCAUUGACAGACUUCGCAAUAGACGAAAAAUCUACUGAAGAAGAAGCGAUAACAACCAAAAGUGAACAGAGAACAUAUUCAUCUACUUCUGUAGCUCACGAGUUUACAGAUGCAGAGUGGAAAAGUCAACGGCACUCAACUAGAACUUCAUGCACCGAUGAAGAAUGUUCUACAACCAUGAUAAAGAAAGAAAAUAAAGUACUUAUGGACUCAAAAACGAUUGAGAAAGGAACAGAAUCCACGCCGCAUGACGACGAAACAAACAAAGAAUUGUCGAAAAACUCCUACCUAAGAGAAUCAAGCAAAAAACACUCACAAAAAAAGCAUACAUGGAUGUUAGCAAACACGAGCGAAAUAAAUAUAGAAAAAAUAUAUAUAGUCGAGACGAACGACGAUGGAAUAAACAAAUACAUGUCCACAAAAAAAGGAAAAACAAUUCAGUCAAAAUCGGAGAGAGAGGAGUUGCCAGUGAGUUUGGAGUUGAGUGGAGACUCGACAGUCUCAGCAGAUGUGUCUCCACCAGUGUCAUCGGAGACAGUGGAUGUGCCAGUGAGUUUGGAGUUGAGUGGAGACUCGACAGUCUCAGCAGAUGUGUCUCCACCAGUGUCAUCGGAGACAGUGGAUGUGCCAGUGAGUUUGGAGUUGAGUGGAGACUCGACAGUCUCAGCAGAUGUGUCUCCACCAGUGUCAUCGGAGACAGUGGAUGUGCCAUGUCACGGAGACAGUGGAUGUGCCAGUGAUUUGGAGUUGAGUGGAGACUCGACAGUCUCAGCAGAUGUGUCUCCACCAGUGUCAUCGGAGACAGUGGAUGUGCCAGUGAGUUUGGAGUUGAGUGGAGACUCGACAGUCUCAGCAGAUGUGUCUCCACCAGUGUCAUCGGAGACAGUGGAUGUGCCAGUGAGUUUGGAGUUGAGUGGAGACUCGACAGUCUCAGCAGAUGUGUCUCCACCAGUGUCAUCGGAGACAGUGGAUGUGCCAGUGAGUUUGGAGUUGAGUGGAGACUCGACAGUCUCAGCAGAUGUGUCUCCACCAGUGUCAUCGGAGACAGUGGAUGUGCCAGUGAGUUUGGAGUUGAGUGGAGACUCGACAGUCUCAGCAGAUGUGUCUCCACCAGUGUCAUCGGAGACAGUGGAUGUGCCAGUGAGUUUGGAGUUGAGUGGAGACUCGACAGUCUCAGCAGAUGUGUCUCCACCAGUGUCAUCGGAGACAGUGGAUGUGCCAGUGAGUUUGGAGUUGAGUGGAGACUCGACAGUCUCAGCAGAUGUGUCUCCACCAGUGUCAUCGGAGACAGUGGAUGUGCCAGUGAGUUUGGAGUUGAGUGGAGACUCGACAGUCUCAGCAGAUGUGUCUCCACCAGUGUCAUCGGAGACAGUGGAUGUGCCAGUGAGUUUGGAGUUGAGUGGAGACUCGACAGUCUCAGCAGAUGUGUCUCCACCAGUGUCAUCGGAGACAGUGGAUGUGCCAGUGAGUUUGGAGUUGAGUGGAGACUCGACAGUCUCAGCAGAUGUGUCUCCACCAGUGUCAUCGGAGACAGUGGAUGUGCCAGUGAGUUUGGAGUUGAGUGGAGACUCGACAGUCUCAGCAGAUGUGUCUCCACCAGUGUCAUCGGAGACAGUGGAUGUGCCAGUGAGUUUGGAGUUGAGUGGAGACUCGACAGUCUCAGCAGAUGUGUCUCCACCAGUGUCAUCGGAGACAGUGGAUGUGCCAGUGAGUUUGGAGUUGAGUGGAGACUCGACAGUCUCAGCAGAUGUGUCUCCACCAGUGUCAUCGGAGACAGUGGAUGUGCCAGUGAGUUUGGAGUUGAGUGGAGACUCGACAGUCUCAGCAGAUGUGUCUCCACCAGUGUCAUCGGAGACAGUGGAUGUGCCAGUGAGUUUGGAGUUGAGUGGAGACUCGACAGUCUCAGCAGAUGUGUCUCCACCAGUGUCAUCGGAGACAGUGGAUGUGCCAGUGAGUUUGGAGUUGAGUGGAGACUCGACAGUCUCAGCAGAUGUGUCUCCACCAGUGUCAUCGGAGACAGUGGAUGUGCCAGUGAGUUUGGAGUUGAGUGGAGACUCGACAGUCUCAGCAGAUGUGUCUCCACCAGUGUCAUCGGAGACAGUGGAUGUGCCAGUGAGUUUGGAGUUGAGUGGAGACUCGACAGUCUCAGCAGAUGUGUCUCCACCAGUGUCAUCGGAGACAGUGGAUGUGCCAGUGAGUUUGGAGUUGAGUGGAGACUCGACAGUCUCAGCAGAUGUGUCUCCACCAGUGUCAUCGGAGACAGUGGAUGUGCCAGUGAGUUUGGAGUUGAGUGGAGACUCGACAGUCUCAGCAGAUGUGUCUCCACCAGUGUCAUCGGAGACAGUGGAUGUGCCAGUGAGUUUGGAGUUGAGUGGAGACUCGACAGUCUCAGCAGAUGUGUCUCCACCAGUGUCAUCGGAGACAGUGGAUGUGCCAGUGAGUUUGGAGUUGAGUGGAGACUCGACAGUCUCAGCAGAUGUGUCUCCACCAGUGUCAUCGGAGACAGUGGAUGUGCCAGUGAGUUUGGAGUUGAGUGGAGACUCGACAGUCUCAGCAGAUGUGUCUCCACCAGUGUCAUCGGAGACAGUGGAUGUGCCAGUGAGUUUGGAGUUGAGUGGAGACUCGACAGUCUCAGCAGAUGUGUCUCCACCAGUGUCAUCGGAGACAGUGGAUGUGCCAGUGAGUUUGGAGUUGAGUGGAGACUCGACAGUCUCAGCAGAUGUGUCUCCACCAGUGUCAUCGGAGACAGUGGAUGUGCCAGUGAGUUUGGAGUUGAGUGGAGACUCGACAGUCUCAGCAGAUGUGUCUCCACCAGUGUCAUCGGAGACAGUGGAUGUGCCAGUGAGUUUGGAGUUGAGUGGAGACUCGACAGUCUCAGCAGAUGUGUCUCCACCAGUGUCAUCGGAGACAGUGGAUGUGCCAGUGAGUUUGGAGUUGAGUGGAGACUCGACAGUCUCAGCAGAUGUGUCUCCACCAGUGUCAUCGGAGACAGUGGAUGUGCCAGUGAGUUUGGAGUUGAGUGGAGACUCGACAGUCUCAGCAGAUGUGUCUCCACCAGUGUCAUCGGAGACAGUGGAUGUGCCAGUGAGUUUGGAGUUGAGUGGAGACUCGACAGUCUCAGCAGAUGUGUCUCCACCAGUGUCAUCGGAGACAGUGGAUGUGCCAGUGAGUUUGGAGUUGAGUGGAGACUCGACAGUCUCAGCAGAUGUGUCUCCACCAGUGUCAUCGGAGACAGUGGAUGUGCCAGUGAGUUUGGAGUUGAGUGGAGACUCGACAGUCUCAGCAGAUGUGUCUCCACCAGUGUCAUCGGAGACAGUGGAUGUGCCAGUGAGUUUGGAGUUGAGUGGAGACUCGACAGUCUCAGCAGAUGUGUCUCCACCAGUGUCAUCGGAGACAGUGGAUGUGCCAGUGAGUUUGGAGUUGAGUGGAGACUCGACAGUCUCAGCAGAUGUGUCUCCACCAGUGUCAUCGGAGACAGUGGAUGUGCCAGUGAGUUUGGAGUUGAGUGGAGACUCGACAGUCUCAGCAGAUGUGUCUCCACCAGUGUCAUCGGAGACAGUGGAUGUGCCAGUGAGUUUGGAGUUGAGUGGAGACUCGACAGUCUCAGCAGAUGUGUCUCCACCAGUGUCAUCGGAGACAGUGGAUGUGCCAGUGAGUUUGGAGUUGAGUGGAGACUCGACAGUCUCAGCAGAUGUGUCUCCACCAGUGUCAUCGGAGACAGUGGAUGUGCCAGUGAGUUUGGAGUUGAGUGGAGACUCGACAGUCUCAGCAGAUGUGUCUCCACCAGUGUCAUCGGAGACAGUGGAUGUGCCAGUGAGUUUGGAGUUGAGUGGAGACUCGACAGUCUCAGCAGAUGUGUCUCCACCAGUGUCAUCGGAGACAGUGGAUGUGCCAGUGAGUUUGGAGUUGAGUGGAGACUCGACAGUCUCAGCAGAUGUGUCUCCACCAGUGUCAUCGGAGACAGUGGAUGUGCCAGUGAGUUUGGAGUUGAGUGGAGACUCGACAGUCUCAGCAGAUGUGUCUCCACCAGUGUCAUCGGAGACAGUGGAUGUGCCAGUGAGUUUGGAGUUGAGUGGAGACUCGACAGUCUCAGCAGAUGUGUCUCCACCAGUGUCAUCGGAGACAGUGGAUGUGCCAGUGAGUUUGGAGUUGAGUGGAGACUCGACAGUCUCAGCAGAUGUGUCUCCACCAGUGUCAUCGGAGACAGUGGAUGUGCCAGUGAGUUUGGAGUUGAGUGGAGACUCGACAGUCUCAGCAGAUGUGUCUCCACCAGUGUCAUCGGAGACAGUGGAUGUGCCAGUGAGUUUGGAGUUGAGUGGAGACUCGACAGUCUCAGCAGAUGUGUCUCCACCAGUGUCAUCGGAGACAGUGGAUGUGCCAGUGAGUUUGGAGUUGAGUGGAGACUCGACAGUCUCAGCAGAUGUGUCUCCACCAGUGUCAUCGGAGACAGUGGAUGUGCCAGUGAGUUUGGAGUUGAGUGGAGACUCGACAGUCUCAGCAGAUGUGUCUCCACCAGUGUCAUCGGAGACAGUGGAUGUGCCAGUGAGUUUGGAGUUGAGUGGAGACUCGACAGUCUCAGCAGAUGUGUCUCCACCAGUGUCAUCGGAGACAGUGGAUGUGCCAGUGAGUUUGGAGUUGAGUGGAGACUCGACAGUCUCAGCAGAUGUGUCUCCACCAGUGUCAUCGGAGACAGUGGAUGUGCCAGUGAGUUUGGAGUUGAGUGGAGACUCGACAGUCUCAGCAGAUGUGUCUCCACCAGUGUCAUCGGAGACAGUGGAUGUGCCAGUGAGUUUGGAGUUGAGUGGAGACUCGACAGUCUCAGCAGAUGUGUCUCCACCAGUGUCAUCGGAGACAGUGGAUGUGCCAGUGAGUUUGGAGUUGAGUGGAGACUCGACAGUCUCAGCAGAUGUGUCUCCACCAGUGUCAUCGGAGACAGUGGAUGUGCCAGUGAGUUUGGAGUUGAGUGGAGACUCGACAGUCUCAGCAGAUGUGUCUCCACCAGUGUCAUCGGAGACAGUGGAUGUGCCAGUGAGUUUGGAGUUGAGUGGAGACUCGACAGUCUCAGCAGAUGUGUCUCCACCAGUGUCAUCGGAGACAGUGGAUGUGCCAGUGAGUUUGGAGUUGAGUGGAGACUCGACAGUCUCAGCAGAUGUGUCUCCACCAGUGUCAUCGGAGACAGUGGAUGUGCCAGUGAGUUUGGAGUUGAGUGGAGACUCGACAGUCUCAGCAGAUGUGUCUCCACCAGUGUCAUCGGAGACAGUGGAUGUGCCAGUGAGUUUGGAGUUGAGUGGAGACUCGACAGUCUCAGCAGAUGUGUCUCCACCAGUGUCAUCGGAGACAGUGGAUGUGCCAGUGAGUUUGGAGUUGAGUGGAGACUCGACAGUCUCAGCAGAUGUGUCUCCACCAGUGUCAUCGGAGACAGUGGAUGUGCCAGUGAGUUUGGAGUUGAGUGGAGACUCGACAGUCUCAGCAGAUGUGUCUCCACCAGUGUCAUCGGAGACAGUGGAUGUGCCAGUGAGUUUGGAGUUGAGUGGAGACUCGACAGUCUCAGCAGAUGUGUCUCCACCAGUGUCAUCGGAGACAGUGGAUGUGCCAGUGAGUUUGGAGUUGAGUGGAGACUCGACAGUCUCAGCAGAUGUGUCUCCACCAGUGUCAUCGGAGACAGUGGAUGUGCCAGUGAGUUUGGAGUUGAGUGGAGACUCGACAGUCUCAGCAGAUGUGUCUCCACCAGUGUCAUCGGAGACAGUGGAUGUGCCAGUGAGUUUGGAGUUGAGUGGAGACUCGACAGUCUCAGCAGAUGUGUCUCCACCAGUGUCAUCGGAGACAGUGGAUGUGCCAGUGAGUUUGGAGUUGAGUGGAGACUCGACAGUCUCAGCAGAUGUGUCUCCACCAGUGUCAUCGGAGACAGUGGAUGUGCCAGUGAGUUUGGAGUUGAGUGGAGACUCGACAGUCUCAGCAGAUGUGUCUCCACCAGUGUCAUCGGAGACAGUGGAUGUGCCAGUGAGUUUGGAGUUGAGUGGAGACUCGACAGUCUCAGCAGAUGUGUCUCCACCAGUGUCAUCGGAGACAGUGGAUGUGCCAGUGAGUUUGGAGUUGAGUGGAGACUCGACAGUCUCAGCAGAUGUGUCUCCACCAGUGUCAUCGGAGACAGUGGAUGUGCCAGUGAGUUUGGAGUUGAGUGGAGACUCGACAGUCUCAGCAGAUGUGUCUCCACCAGUGUCAUCGGAGACAGUGGAUGUGCCAGUGAGUUUGGAGUUGAGUGGAGACUCGACAGUCUCAGCAGAUGUGUCUCCACCAGUGUCAUCGGAGACAGUGGAUGUGCCAGUGAGUUUGGAGUUGAGUGGAGACUCGACAGUCUCAGCAGAUGUGUCUCCACCAGUGUCAUCGGAGACAGUGGAUGUGCCAGUGAGUUUGGAGUUGAGUGGAGACUCGACAGUCUCAGCAGAUGUGUCUCCACCAGUGUCAUCGGAGACAGUGGAUGUGCCAGUGAGUUUGGAGUUGAGUGGAGACUCGACAGUCUCAGCAGAUGUGUCUCCACCAGUGUCAUCGGAGACAGUGGAUGUGCCAGUGAGUUUGGAGUUGAGUGGAGACUCGACAGUCUCAGCAGAUGUGUCUCCACCAGUGUCAUCGGAGACAGUGGAUGUGCCAGUGAGUUUGGAGUUGAGUGGAGACUCGACAGUCUCAGCAGAUGUGUCUCCACCAGUGUCAUCGGAGACAGUGGAUGUGCCAGUGAGUUUGGAGUUGAGUGGAGACUCGACAGUCUCAGCAGAUGUGUCUCCACCAGUGUCAUCGGAGACAGUGGAUGUGCCAGUGAGUUUGGAGUUGAGUGGAGACUCGACAGUCUCAGCAGAUGUGUCUCCACCAGUGUCAUCGGAGACAGUGGAUGUGCCAGUGAGUUUGGAGUUGAGUGGAGACUCGACAGUCUCAGCAGAUGUGUCUCCACCAGUGUCAUCGGAGACAGUGGAUGUGCCAGUGAGUUUGGAGUUGAGUGGAGACUCGACAGUCUCAGCAGAUGUGUCUCCACCAGUGUCAUCGGAGACAGUGGAUGUGCCAGUGAGUUUGGAGUUGAGUGGAGACUCGACAGUCUCAGCAGAUGUGUCUCCACCAGUGUCAUCGGAGACAGUGGAUGUGCCAGUGAGUUUGGAGUUGAGUGGAGACUCGACAGUCUCAGCAGAUGUGUCUCCACCAGUGUCAUCGGAGACAGUGGAUGUGCCAGUGAGUUUGGAGUUGAGUGGAGACUCGACAGUCUCAGCAGAUGUGUCUCCACCAGUGUCAUCGGAGACAGUGGAUGUGCCAGUGAGUUUGGAGUUGAGUGGAGACUCGACAGUCUCAGCAGAUGUGUCUCCACCAGUGUCAUCGGAGACAGUGGAUGUGCCAGUGAGUUUGGAGUUGAGUGGAGACUCGACAGUCUCAGCAGAUGUGUCUCCACCAGUGUCAUCGGAGACAGUGGAUGUGCCAGUGAGUUUGGAGUUGAGUGGAGACUCGACAGUCUCAGCAGAUGUGUCUCCACCAGUGUCAUCGGAGACAGUGGAUGUGCCAGUGAGUUUGGAGUUGAGUGGAGACUCGACAGUCUCAGCAGAUGUGUCUCCACCAGUGUCAUCGGAGACAGUGGAUGUGCCAGUGAGUUUGGAGUUGAGUGGAGACUCGACAGUCUCAGCAGAUGUGUCUCCACCAGUGUCAUCGGAGACAGUGGAUGUGCCAGUGAGUUUGGAGUUGAGUGGAGACUCGACAGUCUCAGCAGAUGUGUCUCCACCAGUGUCAUCGGAGACAGUGGAUGUGCCAGUGAGUUUGGAGUUGAGUGGAGACUCGACAGUCUCAGCAGAUGUGUCUCCACCAGUGUCAUCGGAGACAGUGGAUGUGCCAGUGAGUUUGGAGUUGAGUGGAGACUCGACAGUCUCAGCAGAUGUGUCUCCACCAGUGUCAUCGGAGACAGUGGAUGUGCCAGUGAGUUUGGAGUUGAGUGGAGACUCGACAGUCUCAGCAGAUGUGUCUCCACCAGUGUCAUCGGAGACAGUGAAUAUACCAGUGGAUGGGGAUUUGGGUGCUGACACCGCUUUCUCUGAUGGUUUUUAUCCGUUUGGUGAUGUUUUUCCUUUUCAUGAGAAUAUUUCGAAUUUGUCUUUGGUUACUUUGUUUGUUGGCACCUCUACUGAGAAUUCGCAUGUUUCCAGUCUUGCAUCUACUUAUAUCCCUGAAGUUUCCACUCCGCUUUUACGUUUGAACAAUAUUGGUAAAUCUGAUUUUGAUGAUUCUUUUGGCUCGAAUUUGGAUGUGUCAGUUUUUGCGAAUACUUUCACAUCCUCAGUUUCUUCAUCGCGAAGUAGCAUUAAUCCCAUUGCUUUAAAUGUACCUCAGGUGAAUCCGCUUAUGUUUAAACAAGGUUUUACAAUGGGUUUCAUUUUAUUAUGUAUUCUGGUGAUGAUGUUAUUCUUAUCUUUCAUCCUUUUCAUGGUUUGGAUAAGGCGUCGCCGUAGUAAAUAUUCCGGUACUAUAACCUUAACACAUAUUGAAGAAAACGAUGAUAAUUUACAUCCUUCGGCGCUAUCGCGGAAGAGAUUUAGGUCUUUGAAAAAUAAACAUGAUUCUUCGACAACAGAAGAAGAGCAUGUUAACGAGGAUGGUACCAACUCAUCCUCUCGGAUAAGAAUAUCACCAGCAUUACAAAAGCGUCUUGAACUACGAAGAAGACAACAUGAAAGAGCUAAGAUAUUAGCUGAAGAAGCCCUACUGACAACCGGUGUUAAUUCAUCAUGUGAUUGUGGCUUAAACUUACGAUCUGCUAGUCCAGAACGCUUAUGUUUAACAUCGAAUCCAGACAGUGAUAUUGUAUUAAUUGGUGCAUGGCGUAGACAAAGUGUUGAUAGCAGUGAAAUGAAUGAACAAUCAAAUCAUAAUCAACAAAAUAUAAUUUCAUACGAUACUGGUAGGCUAGACCAAUGUACAGAUUCUGCAUCAGUUCUUAUUCCUACUUCUGUGGCCAAUGAUAAUGGAACUAUGCCAAGUUAUAUUGACAAAACAUUGAAAAGGUCAAGUGUGAAUUCAAAAGCAUGGAAGUAUAUUGAUGAAAACUAA